AUGGACAUCCUCAAAGAAGGCGGUAACCGCUCUUCUGGCUCGACCUCUGGCCGACAAGUUUUGGGAGCUUUCAUUCCAGCGCUGGUCGUUGCGAUAGCAUACACGAUCGCCUUCGUCCUGGUUCGGAACCAAUUUCGCAAGGUUUAUGCUCCAAGGACGUUUCUAGGUACGAUUCCGGAGAAAGAUCGAACGCCAACAUCACGAGCGGAGCAAUGGUGGUGGUUCAAGGAUUUCAGAAAACUUCCAGACCACUUUGUCAUGCGGCACAAUUCUCUCGAUGCAUUCCUCUUCUUGAGAUUUCUGAGGCUGUUGAUGUACAUUUGCCUGGGUGGAGCUCUUCUGACAUGGCCGAUCUUGUUUGCAGUCAAUGCUACUGGAGGUGGCAAUGCAACACAACUGGACAGGCUUAGCAUCGGAAAUGUCUCCAAGACUGGACACCUUUGGGCUCACACCGUUGUGGCGUGGUUCUUGUUCCUGGGCAUAUUCUGUGUCAUUGCUUGCGAACGACUGCAUCUGAUCGGUGUACGAAAAGCGUGCUAUCUGAACGAUACUUAUACUUCAAGGCUGUCUGCCAAGACUGUCUUGUUCAUGAAUGUACCGAACGAGGCACUGCGACCCGAGAAUCUGAAGCAAUCUUUUGGCAAGGAUGCGGUGCGAAGCUGGCCAGUCAAGGACAUAGGUGACCUUGAAGAACUUGUCGAGGAGCGAAAUGGCGCAGCAUACGAGCUUGAAUCAGCGGAGAUGGAUCUGAUUCAGAAGGCUGUCAAGAAGCUGGGUAAGAACCAGCAAAGGAUCAACGGCAGCGCGACCAACGUCAAUGAAGCAGAGGAACAGUCUUUGGUACCCAAAGCGCAGCGGCCCACAACCAGGAAGCCGCCCGUCAUCGGCUCCAAGGUGGACCGCAUCACUGAGGCUCGUAACAAGGUUCUUGAGAUCGCCGACACCAUCGAGGCGCGGCGCGCAGCUCCAAGUCGAAAUAUUGGCAAGGAGUCGGCCGUCUUCGUUACAUUCUCAAGUCAACAAGCAGCCCACAUUGCUUUCCAGCAGAUCUCCUUCCAGCCUCGGAUUCCCAUUCAGGAUCGAUUUCUUGCUGUUCAGCCGAAGGAGGUCCUAUGGAAGAACGUCCAAUUGCCGUUGGCUACAAGACUGUCGAAAUCGUCUUUGGCGCUGGCAUUCGUGAUCGCAUUCACCAUUUUCUUCUCCAUUCCAGUCGGUAUUCUUGGUACAUGGAGCAAUGUCGCCAAGCUUGCCAAUGAGGUCAAAUGGCUCGAGUGGUUGAACAAGCUGCCAGACUGGGCACUGAGUCUACUGACUGGUCUGGUACCUCCCGCUUUGACCAGCUGGUUCGUCUCAUACGUGCCAAAGCUGUUCCGUCACAUCGCAAAGCUCUCAGGCGAGCCGACUGUACCACAAGCUGAGCUGAAGACGCAAGCAUGGAACUUUGUGUUUCAAGUCUUCCAAGUAUUUUUGGUCACUACGAUCUCCUCAGGAGCAGCUUCUGUAGUCCAGAAGAUCGCACAGCACCCGGAUCAAGCGCCUACUCUGCUCGCUGAGAAUCUGCCAACAGCCUCGAACUUCUACUUGACGUACUUCAUCCUGCAAGGCUUGGCAAGCCCUGCUUCGAACAUUCUGGACUACACAGAGACACUCGAGUACCUCUUCUACGAGCACUACUGGGACAAGACGCCUCGCGAGAAAUUUCAGACGUACGCUCAGAUGCGAGGGACGCCGUGGGGAGCGUGGUUUCCCAAGUUCACAAACUUCUUUGUGAUUGCAGUCGCGUAUGCUUGCAUUCAGCCCAUGAUCAUCGGCUUUGCAGCGAUCGGCCUGUUUUUGUAUUACAACACAUACCGAUACAGCCUGCUUUACGUUCGACAGACCAAGACUGACACGAAAGGCGAAGCAUACAGACGUGCUUUACAGCAGAUGCCAACAGGUCUGUACCUUGCAAUACUUUGCUUGAUUGGGUUGAUGGGCGCUCGCGGUGCCGCAGUCCAGACGGCGCUUAUGAUCACACUGCUUGUGAUCAUGGCAGUAGCGAACCUCAUUCUUGACAGGAUGCUCAAGCCGCUUGAGCUCUACUUGGGUGUCGACAAGUGGCAGGAGCAGGAGGUACCUCUACUGGCUGAGGAAGAGGGCAUUGACCCCAACGAUGAAGCGGCUUUGCACGCUGCAUCUCAUGGCCGACGCCUGGGUCUGAAUAUCUUGCCAGAUCCAGCUCCCCGCAAACUCAGCGACUUCUUUGAUUCGAUCGUCAGUGCUGCACGCGAUAAAGUACAGGCAUGGUUGGAUGAACCUGGUCCUAGCGAUGGCGACUCAGCGCAAUUGAGCGAAGCCGACAUCGCCAAAGCAUACACUGCGCCAGCCUUCACCUCGAAGACACCUAAACUUUGGAUACCGCGAGACACACUUGGUAUCUCGAAGCAAGAAAUCCAGCAGAACGACGCUGUUGGCCUUGACACGACUGACGACGCAGCUGAAGUUGACGAGAAUGGAAGGCUACACUGGAAUCACAAUUUCGAAGAUGUACCGAUCUUCUCAAAGUCAAAGGUAUUCUGA